AUGGUAAUGAAAUUCCAAAUGGAACGAGAUGAUCCGAAGAAGGAUAUUAAUUCAUAUAAAGAACUUCCAAACUACUCCGAUCAUCAAAUAAUUAAAGUUUUUAUUUCUAGAGAACAAUACUUACUAAACGUAUUCGAGGUCGUAGUGUCCACCCUUGAAGGCAAAUUACAGAGGAUAGAAAAUCUGGACAAGGCAGUCGAGCACCUCAUGCGCAGGGUGGAACUUCUGGACUCAAGGGUGUCAGAUAAUUUAGAAAAAACCGACUCCGUGAUUACAAAACUGAGGUCUUUGGACACGAGGCUGUUCCAACAAUUGCCGCAGAGAGGUUCCAAACGGCAUUCUAGCGUUAGAGACAAAAAAAAUGUGGAAAAUGGAGAAAAUGUGGAAAUUUCUGAUGCAAAUGAAGAAGGCAUGGAUAGUUCUGGUAGUAACAUCAACUUGGAUGAUAAAUUAGUUAAUCUAGAUAGAAAGGUGAGUGACAUCUCGACGCGUUUGGCAAGUCUAAAAUCGCAACUUGACAGCAACUUACUACCUCUGGAUGAUAUCAACGCAGAAGCCAGUGAGAAGAAGCCCGUCAGCAUGAAUGUCUUGGAUGCAACCAGAGCUAUGAACACAGAAUUGAUGAACCAUGUUACAAAGGAGAUUGGAGGACUAAGAGCAGCAGCGGACGGCGUGGACAGAAAACUACAAUUCCAUGUCAACUUGGUCUCAGAGAACUUGGCCAAAGUUUUACAUCUGGUGACUGAAGUACACGAAUCAGUGGUCACGGACAAUCUACCAGUCUUUAACCGCAAUGGGAACGCGAAUGUUACGAAUAUAGGAAACUCCAAACAAGCAGCAACGUCCAGAUCGGAUGACCAAGUCACAAUGGCAGACAGAAUUGGACACAGGAUGGACGAAGUUUUAGAUUUGGUGGUGGAUACUAAGACAACAUUGGACAACCUGGUUCCGAGAACUGGAGAACUGUUGACUCAGACUUUGAGACAAGAAAGAGCUAUUGGACAAGUUCAUCAGGAUCUCCGUGCUAAAGCCAACCAGAUCAUAUCCAAUUUAGACAUGGUGGAGAGGAGAUUGAGGAAACAGGAACAACAACACGCAGCAAAUUCUUUGCCUGUACCUGCAGAACUUUUAUUGGAUCCGACCAUCGAUCGACUGGUUGAAUAUGGACAGACAACUUUUGAUGAUCACGACUAUACUAUAGCUGGAACAACAGAAUCGCCACAAUCCACAGUAACACUCCAAACUUCUUCCACCCAACACCAUUCGACAAGUUCCAGUGCAAACCUCAACUCUGCCACAUCCGGCAAUACUGCUGCCAACUCUACAUCUAACAAUUCGAGCAGUGCUACUAGCAGUAAAGCAAACAUACCGAGAAAAGGUGGAAUUAUUUUCCCUUCAGUGAAAAAUAAGCCAACGUUAGUUAAUUCGACUUUCGCUGCUGCAGCUAGUGCGGAUUCCAUCAACUAUCGGGAUGUUAAGGGCUACUCCUGUGUGGAUUUGCUCAAUGCAGGCAUGAAGGACUCAGGAGUGUACUACUUGCAGAUCCGUGGAACCACUUACUGGUUCCUUAAAGUUUUCUGUGAACAGCAAAUUUCUGACGGAGGAUGGACGGUUAUCCAAAGACGUGACGAUUUUGGUGGCAGCGGAGAGGGAUCUCGGGAAAACUUCAACAGAGAUUGGGCCGAUUACAAAAAUGGUUUUGGAGAUCCAGCAAAGGAAUUCUGGUUAGGAAACGAAAAUAUCUACAUGCUCACCAAUAACGAGGACUACGCUUUAAGAGUUGAGUUGGAAGAUUUUGAAGGAAAUAAGAGAUAUGCUCAAUAUUCUCACUUCAAGAUCUAUUCGGAAGCAGAGUAUUACAAACUCGAAAUUGAUGGAUACGAGGGCAACGCUGGUGAUUCAUUAAAUGACCCCUGGUAUGGAUCCAAUAAUUCACCAUUCUCCACCUACAACAGGGAUAAUGAUAGGUCAAGUCUCAAUUGUGCCAGUAUGCUUAAAGGAGGUUGGUGGUGGAAAAGUUGUGGCCGCGGAUUGAAUGGUUUAUAUCUUCACGAUCCUCAAGAUUUAACAGCAAGACAAGGUAGAUAA